AUGUCGUUAGUUUCUCCAUUGACUGAGGCAGAUAAGAUAACUACAGGGAACCCCAAGACAUCGACCAGGACAUCCAGAUCUGGGUCCAUAACCUCGGUUGGUUCCAAGAAAUCCAAGAAAACAUCGAUCUAUCAGAUUGCAGGGGAGCCCUUGAGUAGAGAAGCUCUAUACAAGGCGAGAUUAAAAUACGGUGUCUAUCAAUCUCCUGCUAAUCAACCUACUUUGGGGGUCCCUGACUCCAAGUUGGCCUCCGAUGUAGCAUCUCUCUUCGCUCACGAGAACCCCCCUACGGUGGAACGUUACCAAAGAAAAUUGGAUGCUAAUGCCAUUAAGGCAGCUGGUAAAGUGGGGCAAUCGCCUAAUAAGAGUUAUUCCCUUGUAUCUCCUGUUAUGCAUAGCAAACAAUCCAAUUCUAAGUUAAACUCAUCUUCUGCUGCUUCUAAGGCAUACUCUAUGACCGCACUCUCAAGACCCCCAACUUCUUCAGAUUCUCAAAGAAGCCAGACAAGCAAAACAUAUUCAAUAAGUUCUGCUAGUUCUGUCCUUAGAGCACAUUCUUUGACAAGCCCAACUACGUCAGAGGAACCACCUUUGAAAUAUCAAUUGAAUUUGGAGAAAGUAUUGCAAGGGGCUGCUAAGAAGGCUGAAACAAGAAUUAAGGAAAGAACGAAUCCAGAACGUAGAAAUUACACUUAUGGACUUAAUACUGAUGCUGCUGAUCAUAACAAAAAUUUGGUUUUAUCUCAGAAGGUAAUGAAGGGGAUUUAUACUAAAGUGGAAAGUGUGGGACCUUCGAGAGAAGACAUUGAAAAUGAAACUUUAGCUAAAUUUAGAAAGAAUCAAGAAUUUGCUUUGAGUGCUGCUGUUUCUGUUAAGGAUAGUGAACCUGGUAAGGAAAUUGAUAAGGAGAUUGAGAAGAAACAACAACUAAGAAAUAUCUAUUUGAAACAAUUGACCUCAGAACAGGUUAUGACAAUGGCUAGGGCAAAUGUUGACAGAGAGUUGACCCUUAUUAAUAGCGAGGAUUACAAUAGAAGUCUAUUUGGCAAUGAAGAGUAUAAUAGAGCUGCUGUGGCAUGGGCGCAGGAUCAAUUUAAGAAAAAGACACCAGUUUCCAAUAAAAUUAACCUUGGUGGUGGCUUAUGGUUAACUCCACAAGAUGUCAAUUCUAUCGCACAAAAGAUGGUAGAUCCAAUUUUGGGUGAAGUCGAUUUGAGGGCAACUGCACAAAGAGCAAUGGAUGUAGAUCUUGCCAAGAGAACAGCUGAAAAUACAGCUGGUGUGGCUUCAUGGAAUAAUCUACAGCGUACUAAAUUGACUAAUAAUCAAAAAGUCCAAGCUGAUGCGAUAGCAAGGCAUCAAAAGGAAAAGACAGAGGCAAAGGAAAGAUUAGACAAGAGAUACAAUGAUAUGAUUGCUAAAAUGGAUAAGGAAUUAGAAGCUAAACGUGUCCAACUACAACAAGCCAUUGAACACAAAGAAAAUUUCGAAAAAGAGAUGCAAAACAAGGUUGAUACUGAACAGAAAAAUAUUGAUGACGGGUUUGUAAAUUGGACUUCAGCAUGUGCAGCAAGUAUUUCUGAUGCUCGCCAAGAACAAGGGGUGUUGCUACAGCCAUAUUAUGACGAUCUACAAAAGGCUCAAGAUGAACAUGAGGGAUUAUUACAAGAAAAGAAUGAUAUUGGAACUAGUAUUGAUAAACUGCAUGAAUCCAUUGAAUCUCAUAAAGCAAAAAUUGCUGGUUACCAAAAAGAUAUUGAAGGGCAAGAAAAUAGAAAGGAGAGAGAAGAUGCUAAAUUGGAAGAUUUGACCGAAAAUAAAAAGGAAUUAGAAACCACGGUGAAUGAUAAUGUAGUACUUGAAGCUCAAAAGGCCAAAGAAGAAGCUGAAUUAUCAUCGAAUCAAGCUCGUUUGAAACAAUUAGAAGUUGAUGCAUUAAUCAACGAACGUAAAGGUGAGUUCAAUAAAACAGAAAUUGAGUUAAAGAAAGAAAAACUGGCUCUUUUAGAAUCCAUGAAAGACCUUGCUGAGGUUCGUGGGGAUGGUACACUUGAUGAAGAUAAAGUGAAAAGUUUGAUCGGAAUGACGUCUAAGGAAUAUCUCGAGAAAUGUGAGAAUGAAAGAAAACUGGCAAAACCAACUCUUUAUGAAAUCACAGAAGAUGAGAAUGAAUCGAUUAAAUCCCCUCAAACUGCUGGAGUAGAGAAGGUAUCUAUGAACCCACAGGAGGAGAAAAUUGAGAAUGUUGUAGUAAAACCUGCAGAAAAGGAGCUUGAAAUUCAACCUGAAAUUCAACAAAGUUCACCUAAUAAUAAGAAAAAGCGUCUAUCUUUAGGAAAAUUCUUCCUAGGGAGUGCUCAGGAUCAUAAAAAUAAAUCCGAAAAGAAACCUGUUGAUAAUGUAUCCGGAGUUCAAGAUGUUUCUCCAAUAAAACAAAGCACAAGUGAGAACAAGGAACCGAAGGAAAAAGAAAUUGAAAAGGACCAUCUUGCAUUAAAACCCACAUUCAGUGGAUUUUCACAGGGUUCCUUUCAUGAUGACCAACAGAAGGUAGAGGAGAAGGAAGAUGUUCCAAGCGAUGUUGAAGACGAAGCCUCACAAGAACAAGGUUAUUUCAAAGAAGUAUUUUAA